GAGAAAAAAAAAAGCUUCUUUAUCUUAUUGAUUAAAAAAAGAAUAAAAUGGCUGAUGACGUUGAGAAAGAAAUUAAGGCUGCUCAAGCAAAGCGUAAACUAAUUACUGAGGAAGAUAUUAGUCAAGCAGUUCUUAAUAAUGAAAAACAUGCAAGUUUAACAGGUGUUUCUUAUGACACUGAUCUCUAUACAACUGAUAAAUAUUCUGGAUAUGUAACAUCUAUACCAACAAAUGAAGAUGAAGAGAAUGAAGAUGACGAUCUUUAUCAAGAAACAAGGCGUAAAUUAAAUUCAUACACUGCUUCUAAAGAAUUCUUGAAUGAAGCAGUUCAAGGAGCAGAUUCACACGAUCCAUUUGCCGCUUCUAUGAGAGAACGUACUAUAGCAGGAAGACAAAAUGAAUAUCAACAACGAAGAUUCAAUCGUAUGCUUUCACCCACUCGUAAAGAUGCAUUUUCAGAAAACAAUGAUACCGAAUCAAGAUCUUACUCUGAAGUUGCUCGUGAAGUCGAACUUGAGAAAGAAGAACAAAGAGUUCUUUCAAUCAUUGCUCAAAAGAAAAAACAAGAAGCAGAGACAGGUGUAAGAGCUGAAGUUAGUACAGAAGCACCAAAGAAGAAGAGAAGAUGGGAUGUUGCUACACCUGUUCAACAACCAGAUGCAACACCGGUAGCAAGCGUAAAGAGAUCUCGCUGGGAUGCAACACCUGCUCGACCUAACGACCUUGAUGCUACCCCAGUUCGUAAAUCGGAAUGGGACGAUGUUGAAGCUACACCCAAGGCAACGACGAAGCGUUCAAGGUGGGAUGCAACACCUGUAGCCAACAAUGUGAAUGUAGCAGCCACUCCUGUUGGUGGUAUGGGCAUGAUGACACCAACCCCAAGUCAAAUGUAUCUGACACCCGAAGCUUCUAAUGCACUUCGAUGGGAGCGUGAAUUAGAUGCUCGUAACCGUCCUUUGUCUGACGAAGAAUUGGAUGCCAUGUUCCCUACUACAGGUUACAAAAUAUUAGAACCUCCUCCAGGAUAUGAGCCUAUUCGAACACCUGCACGUAAAUUGACAGCUACACCUACACCCAUGGGUGAAACUGGAUUUGUUAUGCAAGAUGAAGUAAGAGCUCCAGUAGCCAUGGAACUCCCUCAAGAAAUUCCUGGUGUGGGUACUCUUCCUUUCUUCAAGGAAGAAGAUAUGCAGCACUUUGGUAAAUUGCUUGACAACAAAGAUGAAAGCGCCAUGUCUGUUGAAGAAUUGAAAGAGAGAAAGAUUAUGCGUCUGUUACUAAAGAUCAAGAAUGGUACUCCUCCUAUGCGUAAGGGUGCUCUUCGUCAUAUUACAGAUAAAGCUCGAGACUUUGGACCUGGUCCUCUCUUCAAUCAGAUUCUGCCAUUGUUGAUGUCUCCAACAUUAGAAGAUCAAGAGCGUCACUUGCUAGUUAAAGUCAUCGAUCGUAUCCUGUACAAAUUGGAUGACUUGGUUCGACCAUUUGUUCACAAGAUUUUGGUCGUCAUUGAACCUCUUUUGAUUGACGAAGAUUAUUAUGCUCGUGUAGAAGGUCGUGAAAUCAUUUCGAACCUGUCAAAGGCUGCUGGUCUUCCUACUAUGAUUACUACCAUGCGUCCAGAUAUUGAUCAUGCCGACGAAUACGUCCGUAACACAACUGCUCGUGCAUUUUCUGUCGUUGCCUCUGCACUUGGUAUUCCUGCCUUAUUGCCUUUCCUAAAAGCUGUCUGUAGAUCCAAAAAAUCAUGGCAGGCUCGCCACACUGGUAUCAAGAUUGUUCAACAAACAGCCAUCUUGAUGGGUUGUGCUGUCUUGCCUCACCUGAAAAACUUGGUUGAAUGUAUUGGUCAUGGUCUUGAAGAUGAACAGCAAAAAGUUCGCACGAUUACCGCUUUGGCUAUUGCUGCUUUAGCAGAAGCAGCUGCUCCUUAUGGUAUUGAAUCUUUUGACUCAGUCCUUAAGCCACUUUGGACAGGUAUUCGUAAGCAUAGAGGCAAAGGUUUAGCUGCCUUCUUAAAGGCUAUUGGCUACAUUAUUCCAUUAAUGGAUGAUGAAUAUGCCAACUACUACACAAAAGAAGUCAUGGUCAUCUUGAUUCGUGAAUUCCAAUCACCUGAUGAAGAAAUGAAAAAGAUCGUUUUGAAGGUCGUGAAGCAAUGUGCAGCUACUGACGGUGUCAUGCCAAGUUAUAUCAAGGAAGAAAUUUUACCUGAAUUUUUCAAGCACUUUUGGGUUCGUCGUAUGGCACUUGACCGUCGUAACUACAAACAAGUUGUUGAAACUACUGUUGAAUUGGCUAACAAAGUGGGUGUUUCUGAAAUUGCUGGUCGUAUUGUCAAUGAUUUGAAGGACGAAAGUGAACCUUAUCGCAAGAUGGUAAUGGAAACCAUUGAAAAAGUGGUUGCUAAUUUAGGUGCUGCUGAUAUUGAUCCUCGUCUGGAAGAACUGCUUAUUGACGGUAUUCUUUAUGCCUUCCAAGAGCAAACUGUGGAAGAUGUUAUCAUGUUGAACGGUUUUGGCACUGUUGUCAACGCACUUGGUAUGCGUAUCAAGCCUUAUCUUCAGCAGAUCUGUUACACCAUUUUAUGGCGUUUGAAUAACAAAUCAGCUAAAGUACGUCAACAAGCAGCAGAUUUGAUCUCACGUAUUGCUGUCGUCAUGAAGAGCUGUGGUGAAGAGAAAUUGAUGAGCCAGCUUGGACAAAUUCUAUAUGAAUAUCUUGGUGAAGAAUAUCCUGAGGUUUUGGGCUCUAUUCUUGGUGCACUAAAGAGUAUCGUGAAUGUCAUUGGUAUGGCAAGCAUGACACCUCCCAUUAAGGAUCUCCUUCCUCGUCUUACACCCAUCUUGCGUAAUCGUCAUGAAAAGGUUCAAGAAAACUGUAUUGAUCUUGUCGGUCGUAUUGCUGAUCGUGGUGCAGAAUAUGUUUCUGCUCGUGAAUGGAUGCGUGUCUGUUUCGAGCUUCUUGAUCUUUUGAAGGCACAUAAGAAGGGUAUUCGUCGCGCAUCCGUAAAUACCUUUGGUUAUAUUGCAAAGGCUAUUGGUCCUCAAGAUGUCUUGGCUACAUUAUUAAACAAUCUCAAGGUUCAGGAGCGUCAGAACCGUGUAUGUACAACAGUUGCGAUUGCCAUUGUGGCCGAAACCUGUGCUCCUUUCACAGUUUUACCAGCAUUGAUGAACGAAUACCGUGUACCUGAAUUGAAUGUUCAAAAUGGUGUUUUGAAGUCUUUAUCAUUUAUCUUUGAAUAUGUUGGAGAAAUGGGUAAAGACUAUAUCAACGCAGUGGCUCCUCUAUUAGAAGAUGCCUUGAUGGAUCGUGAUCUUGUGCAUAGACAAACUGCAUGUACAACCAUUAAGCAUAUGGCAUUAGGCGUAGUUGGUCUUGGAUGUGAAGAUGCUCUUCGACAUUUACUCAAUUAUAUAUGGCCAAAUAUCUUUGAGACAAGUCCACACGUUAUCAAUGCUGUUAUGGAGUCAAUAGAAGGUCUUCGUGUGGCAUUAGGCCCAGCUACUAUUUUACAAUACACUCUCCAAGGCUUGUUCCAUCCUGCGAGAAAAGUGCGUGAAGUCUACUGGAAGAUUUAUAAUACAUUGUAUAUUGGCAGCCAAGAUGCUUUAAUACCAUUUUAUCCACGUUUAGAAAAUGAUGAACGCAACACCUAUCAACGAAACGAAUUGGAUUACAUUCUCUAAGUUUUUUUUUUUUUAAAAAGAAAAUAAUAAAAGCAUCAUGUAUUUAGUUUCAUUUAUCAUCUUCUAUCUUCAUAAUAAU